AUGGCGUCGGUUCUGGUUUUGUGUUUGUGCAGUAAGCAAACAUUAAUUCUGAUUUUGUUGCUCCAUUCACUGCUUGUGGGUGUCAAAGCACAGAUGUCGCCCUUAUACCACUCUUGUUCAAUGUCCAAAAAUUAUACAGAAAGAAGCAAAUUCGAAUCAAAUCUUAGCCGAUUGCUGUACAGAUCACUAUACAAUAAUGGUGGAAAUUCCAUCUAUACAAAAGUAAGUGAAGGAGAAGACCCUGAUAAAGUUCAUGGAGUAUUCCUCUGUAGAAGAUACGUUGCACCUAAAGACUGCCAAAAAUGCAUAGACGUGGCAAGUGAGAGGAUCCUGCACGAAUGUCCCCUCGAUAAACAGGGCAACAUAUGGUAUGAUGACUGUUUGGUCCGCUAUUCUAAUAUACCUAAUUUCGCGUCCAUGUUAAACACCUCGUUUUCUAAGAUCCUGUACAACGCACAAAAUGUUUCACAGCCAGAACAAUUUAUGGAGUAUUUGAGUGCAAUGUUUGAUAAUCUUACCACUCAAGCUAUUACCAUCAAUCCCAAUCUGAAAUAUGCUGAAAAUUCUGAUUUAACUAUCUCGUUUCAAGUAUUGUAUGGCAUGGUUCAGUGUCUACCUGAUUUGUCAGCUGAAGAUUGUGUCACUUGCCUGAAAACUGCUUUUUCUGGAAUCCGUAACCUCUCUCUGUACAUUGCCAAGGUACCACGUGGAGUCAGGAUACUACUUCCUAGCUGCAAUUUAAGGUACGAGCUAUAUUCAUUCUUCUAUGCCAGUGUACCGCCAUCGGCAAGCCAGGGGAAUGAAGACAAAGGCAAAAAUACUUCAAAGAGAAAGCUUAUUAGUAUCAUUAUAUGUGUUAUACGAGCACUUUUGGCUAUUUUACUGGCAGGAACUUGCAUUUACCUUGUAAUAAGAAGAAUAGAGAAAGGUAAAAGAAAUAUUGGUAGUCAAGAAAUUCAAUUGCUUCACAUGAUGGGAGAACCACUUGAUGAGAAUGAUGAUUUUAGCUCAGAAAAUCAGGGGAGAUCCAGUGAGUUUCCAGUUGUAAAACUAGACCUCAUUCGAGCGGCAACACAAAAUUUUUCUGAAGAAAACAAGCUCGGAGAAGGUGGAUUUGGUCCUGUGUACAAGGGUACACUAUCCAAUGGCAUAACAAUUGCAAUAAAGAGGCUGGCUAGAACGUCCGGUCAGGGACUGAAAGAGUUCAAGAAUGAAGUUGUCUUAAUGGCCAAAUUACAACACAGAAAUCUCGUGAGGGUGGGUUGUUGCUUAGAGGGAAAUGAAGCAUUGCUUAUUUAUGAGUUCAUGCCCAACAAAAGCCUGGACUUCUUCCUCUUCGAUUCAAGAGAAAAUGAGAUUCUGGAUUGGAGACAACGUCUCCACAUUAUUAAAGGAAUAGUAAAGUGCAUUCUGUUUCUACACGAGGAUUCUCGACUAAGAAUCAUUCAUAGGGACCUAAAAUCUAGCAAUGUUUUACUGGACAAAGAUAUGAACCCCAAGAUAUCAGACUUUGGAAUGGCAAAGAUGUUUAGCGGAAAUCAACGAGAAGCCAAUACAAAUAGAGUUGUUGGAACCUAUGGAUAUAUGGCCCCUGAGUAUGCUAUGGAGGGACUUUUUUCGACUAAAUCAGAUGUUUUCAGCUUUGGUGUUCUGUUGCUUGAGAUAGUAAGUGGAAGGAAGAACAAUAGCUAUGUUUACGAAUAUGGUCAGAGUCUCCUUAAUUUUUUUUUGUUUUUGGCGUGGAUGUUGUGGCGUGAAGAGCAUGGAUUAGAGCUGAUGGACCCUUGCUUAUCGCGGUCUUGUGUGACAGCUGAGAUAACAAAAUGCAUCCAUAUCGGAUUAUUCUGCGUUCAACAAGAUCCAGCAGAUAGACCUACCAUGUCCUGUGUAGUUAUUAUGCUGGAAAACGAUACUCAAGUACACUUCCACAACCUGCAUUUUCUAUUGGGCGAAUUAUCAUGA